GAAACUCCCAACUUCUGCUCUCCAUCCUCCUCCUCCUCCUUCGACCGCCUCUUCCCCUCUGCUGAAGCGGCAAGGCCGGAGCCAGGACCGACCACCCGGGCUCUCUGAAGGCCACUGUAGGCCCCGGGCCAUGCCUAAGGGGUACACCGGCUGAACCCCGAGGGAGCCGCCCGCCGCGUCCGUGACCCCAGAGCCCGCCGUCCGCCCCGCUCCGCGGCCCAGCCAUCUCCUCCGGCCACCAUGGAGCCCAAAGGGAAGCAGCCCACCGGAGGCCCCAAGGCCGAACCCAAGGCCGCCCCGGCCCAGCCGGACAAGGCCCGCCCCGCGGCCGCCCCUGAGAAGAAGGAGACCCCCGAGAAACGCGAGCUGCCGGGGACCCCCGCCGUGCUGACCCCCAAGAAGGCCACGGCCCUGGCCGACCCUGCCCUCCUCAACAACCACAGCAACCUCAAGCCCGGGCCCGUGGGCCCCGAGCCCGCCGGCCCCGAACCCGCAGGCCCGACCCCGGACUCGGAGCCCCGGGGGGCCGGGGCUGGGGAAGAGGAGGGGGAAGCCGCCGGUGGGGGUGGUUCGGGGGUCUUCGAGAACCUCAAGCCGCUGCUGCUGGCCGGCGGGGCCGCCGUGGCCCUCCUGGCCGUCAUGGUCGGGUUGGCCUUCCUGGCUCGGAAAAAAUGAGCCGGCCCCGGGACGGCACGCGGGGCCAGGCGGAGGAGGAGGUGGCGAAGGAGGGGGGAGGCUAGAGAAACUUAUUGUACAGCUCUUUUGAAAUCAGUGCAUGCAGAAAAUUCUAUACGUAUCUAUACAUAUAUAUGUAUAUAUAUAUAUAUGCAGAUAGAGCCAUACAGGAGAGAGAGAGAGAGAGAGAGAGACCCCAAUGAGGCUGGGAUCCCCCUGGUCUUGGCCGAUGGGUAACACUUCCCCCAGGAUUGGGGUCAUCUCUAAUAUAACCCAUCAAGCGGCGUCUAGUUGAUAGCUUCUCUGGAUCAAAAGCUGCGUUCACCUCCCCAAACCUCCCACUACCACCCCAAGGGGAUACUUCAGUCUGUUCCAAGCUGGGCCUUCCUCCUCCUCCUCCUUCACAGCCGCGUCCUCUCCCUGGACCCAGGGGAGCCGGCCCGAAUUGAGGGGUGGGGAGUUGAGGAGAGCCCACCUUAUGAGGAUAGGGGCGCGGUGAUGCUGAGCCCGUCACGUCGAUUGUGGGGGAUGAGGAGGGGUCUCCGUUGGUUCCGAGUUUGGGGUCCUUUGUCUACGGGGAGCAGGAAAGGUGGGUGGGAUUUGGGGAGGGAGGGACAGGUGAGAAUCGGAUCUGGGGCCCGAGGCGGGCGGACAGGUGCAGGGAUCUACCCGCUCCUCACCUUCGUCCUCUUGGGGACACCUGGCUGGUGAGGGGAGGGGAGGUAAAAAAAAAAAAUGGAAAGUGAGGGGAGUGCGUGGAGGAGAAGGGAAGGACCUGGGAGGGUGGUGGGGGAGAGUUGGAGUUAGGGGUGGGAAGACAGGAAGCGGUGGGCCGGAGAGCAGGAAGCGAGUGAGGCUAGCCAGGAUGGGGGCACAGUUUGUGGAAGGGAGAAGAGGAUGUGGAGGUGGGGACAAGGAGAGAGCCUUUCUGAGCCAACCACUGGCCCCCCUCGCCCCACUUCUGGUGCCCCUUAAAGGGAGCAGCUGCCAGAGGGAAGGGUCCUGCCAUUCUUCUAACGCCACCCUGAAAAUCCAGACCCAUAAGCAUUUCCUCAGCUCGUGCCCCUCUUUCCUCUAAGAUCUCCAGGCUGCCACCAUCGUGUCUCUCCUGGUCAUGCUGGACCCGGGCCUUGUCCAUCUCUGCACCAGAGGCCAGAGGGCAAAGGAGAUGGGAGGGUUCAGAUGUGCUUCGUGGGCUGGGACAACUCCUGGACCCUCGCCCACUUCCGAUGGGGGGGUUGCACGUCGUGACAUUUGACCCCAAGGGCCACCCGGGCACUGAGGCCUAGAUCGGAUGCCACUGACUGUGAACGGGCAGGCCGACGGGGGACGGCGGGAGUUUGGGGGGGUUCUCCAGCAGCUGGGAGGAUCUGGGGGAGAUUCACCGGGAAGAGCGGGAGAGGGGACUACUACCGGAGAGGUGGGUGGGUAGAAAGGCAUGAUCUUGGGGUUUCGUUCGGAUGACCCCCUCCCCAACCUAGGUCACCUGGCACCCCUCUGGGGGCAGGCCCCGGGUGUGCCUGCAGGCGUGUGAGUGCGUGUGUGCGUGCGUGCGUGCGUGUGUGUGUGUGUGUGUGUGAAACCACGGCCCUCUUGAGUUGUGCCACUGACAUGCGUGCCUCCCCACGUCCUGCAGCCACACGGCCCAGAAUUCUCGGUUCGAUUGAGAUGUCCCCUUUCAUUCGCACGUCCGCGGUUCCCACGUGGUGUCCGGACCCCCUCUCCCCAUCCUCUCCCUCCAGCCCCAAACAGCUCAGCCCACCCCAUCGUGGGAGGAGAGAGAAGAUGGUUGAACUGGGGAGCGGCUGGAUCUGACCACCCCUGCCUUUUCCCCCGUCUCCUCCAGCCCCGGGCCUGGGUCCUGCCCGCCUCAACUGAAGGAGCCUGGGUGGUUCCUAACCCCCAGUGCGAGGUGGGUGGGGGAGGGAGGAAGGGAUCUGACCUUUCCCAGGAUUAGAAUUGACAUGGAAACACCUGCUGUCCUCCGUAAUUAGCCAAUUAGCACAGUCUCCUUACCAACUGGUCUGCCGGCUUGGCGCUGCCAAGUGAGAGCCGGGGGGGGGGGGGUCUGGCCUUCUGGUGCUGCGGCCGCCCCCUCGUUCAUUCAGUCGUAUUUAUUGAGCGCUUACUGUGUGCAGAGCACUGUACUAAGCGCUUGGGAAGGACAAG